AUGAUGUCUGAGUCAAGAGGUAAUGAUGAAAAGCCUGAUAAUUUCACCAUUCCCAUUGCUCUGAAGGCGUGUGCGAGGUUAAGGGCGUGUGCGAGGUUAAGGGCGUUCGCGUGUGGAAAAAUAAUACAUGGGUUUGUGAAGAAACAUGAGAAGGUUGCAUUGGAUAUGUUUGUAGGUUCUGCAUUGAUUGAAUUGUAUUCCAAAUGCGGACAAAUGGGUGAGGCUGUGAAAAAUGGUGAUCCUGAAGAAGCAUUGGAGUUUUUCUCCCGAAUGGUGAUGGUGGGGCGCAUUAAUCAUGACCGAGUGACGCUUAUUAGUGCUGUUUUGGCUUGUGCUCAGUUAUCAAAUUUUAGAAUUGGAAGUUUUGUGCGUAGUGUUUCUAUUAGGAAUGGGUUCAACUCUAAUUUAUCUUUAGGUAAUGCGUUGCUAAUUCUAUAUGCAAAGACAGGUAAUUUAGAAGAAGGUAAGAAGAUCCACGAAAUUGCUACUAAGAAGUGUUUCGAGUUAGAUAUCAAGGUAGCUACAGCCCUGAUUGAUAUGUACAUGAAGUGCUCUGCACCCGAAAAAGUAGGUGAUCUCUUCAAUAUAAUGCCAAAGAAAGAUGUGGUUUCGUGGGCUGCCUUGUUGAGCGGGUAUGCUCAUAACGGAAUGGCAUACAAGUCAAUUGGGGUCUUUCGCGACAUGUUAUUAGACAAAACUAAUCCUGAUGUCGUUGCUAUGUUCAAGCUUCGUGCAGCUUGUUCGGAAUUAGGGAUUCUUCAACAAGCUUUUUGCCUCCAUGCUUAUGUGAUUAAACGCGCCUUCAAGAAUAACAUCUUUGUUGAAGCUUCACUCAUAGAGUUAUACUCGAAAUGCGGCAGCAUAGGCAAUGAUGUCCUAUUAUUUGAAGGGAUAACAGACAAAGAUGUCGUUAUCUGGAGUGCAAUGAUGGCAGGUUAUGGAGUUCAUGGGCAAGGAGAAGUAGCUUUAAAAGUAUUUGAUCGGAUGGUUAAGCAUUCAAAUGUCAAGCCUAAUGAUGUAACAUUUCUCUCGAUUUUAUCUGCGUGUAGCCAUUCGGGUUUGGUUGAAGAAGGCAUUGAGAUAUUCAACACGAUGUUGCAUGAAUACCAACUUAAGCCAUGA